AUGGGAUCACCCCUUUCACCUAUAGUUGCCAACCUAUACAUAGAAGAAUUCGAGUCAACAGCCAUUCGAUCAUCGCCUCUCCUACCCAAGAUCUGGCUCAGAUAUGUAGAUGAUACAUUCGUCAUUUGGCAACAUGGUAGACACAGCUUAGAAGAUUUUCUCCUUCAUCUCAACUCUCAACACCCCAAAAUCACCUUCACGAUGGAGAAGGAGAAGAAUAACUCCAUACCUUUCUUGGAUGUUUUAGUUACACGUGAACCCAACAACCACCUCUCGCACCAAGUAUACCGCAAACCAACCCACACUGAUAGGUAUCUUCACUUCAAAUCAUUCCACCACCCGUCUAUCCUACAGUCUGUUCCAAGAACAUUGGUCAAGAGGGCACAUUCUAUCAGCGAUGACAACCACCUGCAACGGGAACUGGAUCACAUCAAGUCGACACUCGUAACUAUAAACGGUUAUCCUCCACACAAGAUCAAGACCAAACCAACCUCAUCUCGUCCGAAGGAGCCCACCAAAGCUACGGUUAUCUUGCCUUACCUAGGUCCUACUUCCCACAAACUUCAACGCAUAUUCAGAGCAGCCAAAAAUUGA